UGACUGUGUUCUCUUGCAGAGCCGACGACGACGAUGGUGCCUCCAGCCAGCUCGGAAGCCCAGAUGGUGCAGUCACUGGGCUUCGCUGUCUACCGCGCGCUGGACUGGGGGUUGGAUGAGAGCGAAGAGCGAGAGCUCAGCCCGCAGCUGGAGAGGCUCAUCGACCUCAUGACCAACAGCGACUGCGAGGACAGCGGCUGCGGGGCGGCGGACGAGGGCUACGGGGGUCCGGAGGAGGAGGAGGAGGCCGAGGGCGGCCCCCGGGCCGUGCGCACCUUUGCCCAGGCUAUGCGGCUGUGUGCUUCCCGCCUGACCGACCCCCACGGUGCGCAGGCUCACUACCAGGCGGUGUGCAGAGCUCUCUUUGUGGAGACGCUGGAGCUUCGUGCCUUCCUGGCCCGGGUGAGGGAGGCCAAAGAGAUGCUGCAGAAGCUGGGGGAGGAUGAGCCACGGGUAGAGAAACCGCUGGCCGAGCUUGACCACCUGGGACACACGGACUGGGCCCGGCUAUGGGUGCAGCUCAUGCGGGAGCUCCGCCACGGGGUGAAGCUAAAGAAGGUGCAGGAGCAAGAGUUCAACCCACUGCCCACCGAGUUCCAGCUCACGCCCUUUGAGAUGCUGAUGCAGGAUAUCCGUGCCAGGAACUACAAGCUGCGCAAGGUCAUGGUGGAUGGAGACAUCCCUCCCAGAGUGAAGAAAGAUGCUCAUGAGCUUAUCCUCGACUUCAUCCGUUCUCGACCCCCACUGAAGCAGGUCUCGGAGAGACGGCUUCGCCCUGUGCCACAGAAGCAAAGAACACCGCGAGAGAAGAUCCUGGAGGAAAUCAAGCAGGAACGGAGGCUCCGUCCAGUGGGGGUCCAGCACCUGGGUGCCCGUGGAUUUGGUUCUCUGCCCUGCAUCCUCAACGCCUGCUCUGGGGACAUCAAGUCCACUUCUUGCAUCAACCUGUCUGUCACAGAUGCUGGGAGUGGAAGCCAGCGUCCACGGCCCCGGGUCCUGCUUAAAGCCCCCACCUUAGCGGAGAUGGAGGAAAUGAACACCUCUGAGGAAGAAGAGUCACCAUGUGGAGAGGUGGCGCUGAAACGGGAUCGCUCAUUUUCCGAACAUGACCUGGCUCAGCUUCGGAGUGAGAUGGCCUCUGGCCUACAGUCAGCCUCUCAGCCCCCAGGGGGUUCAGAGCCACCUCGGGCCAGAGCAGGCAGCAUGCACUCCUGGAGGCCCAGCACCCGAGAUCAGGCUUUCUGUCCUGUGAGUGACCAGGCCCAGCCUUAUCCCAGCUCCGCCUUGCCCAGCAGCUUGAGCUCAGUGGAUAAAACAGAGGCUUCUGCGACAGACACCAGACACCUGUGGCUGGAGUUCAGCCACCCUGUGGAGAGUCUAGCCCUGACUGUGGAGGAGGUGAUGGACGUGCGACGGGUGCUGGUGAAGGCCGAGAUGGAGAAGUUUCUGCAGGACAAGGAGCUCUUCAGUAGCCUUAAGAGGGGGAAGAUUUGCUGCUGCUGCCGGGCCAAGUUUCCCCUGUUUUCCUGGCCACCCACCUGUCUUUUCUGCAAGAGAGCUGUGUGCCCCUCCUGCAGCGUAAAGAUGAAAAUGCCUUCCAAGAAGUGUGCACACAUCCCUGUCUACACGCUUGGUUUUGAGAGUCUUCAGAGGGUGCCAACUACCAAAGCCACGCCAACACUGAGGAGAGACGCCUUCCAAUCCCUGCAAGGACCCAAGUGGCGGAGCGUGGAGGAAGAGUUCCCCCACAUCUACGCCCAUGGCUGCGUCCUAAAGGAUGUGUGCAGUGAUUGCACCAGCUUCGUAGCUGACGUCGUGUGCUCCAGCCGCAAGAGCGUGGCCGUCCUCAACGCCACUCCACAACGCGGCCGCCAGACCCAGUCCCUCUACAUUCCCAACACCAGGACGCUCGGCUUCCAGUGACUGCUGUGCUGGCCGCCCUGCACCCCAUCUGGAACACAGCUGCCAUGACUCCCUUGCGCAUGUACAUAUAUACAUAUAUAGAUACAUUUAUAAUAUAUACACGGCCUAUAUAUUUAUAUACAUUGUCUCUUUGCCCCACAGUUCAUUCAGGGCUAAGCUUACUCCAGCCCCUUCCCUGUUUCUCUUCUCUCAGGAGUCCCUGGAAAGGCUGAGAGGGCCUGGGGGAUGCAGGGAGGGCAGGGGACUUCGGCUCUUAGAACUCUGGCACAGCUUCCGCCUCGGUCCUCUUCAGUAGUGAGCAUGUGGCAGCUUCUCUCCCCUGGGACAGGGUGCCUUGGCUCUCAGACCAGGUCUACCCCUGCUGUCUUUUCAGGGCUCAGUCGGCAGAGGCACAUGGGAAGCCUCUGGGAGUGUGGGGUUCUGCUGAGAGGAAGCCCGGACACCCAAGCCAGGCUCACUCUUGCUCCCUUGCUGGCGUUGACUCUCCCUAGGGAGAUACAGACAACCCAGAUAGGGCACUGACAAAGAAUAACUUGGUGAACCAAUUAGCUUACUGAGAUUCACAGCCCUGUGCUGAGGGGCUACUCACAGGAACGUAAGUGACUCUGGCAGCUACAAUACCGCAAAGCCCCACCCCAGCACGGGUGACAGCUCUCGAAAACCUUGUUACUGUAAUUCACAGCCCUAGACAAUUUCUUACUUCCUAUACCAAGUCCAUGGUGCAGCUGGGGGUGGGGGGUGGCAGGCAUCUCCUGUGAGGCUUGAUGAGCUGCUUCCUCCCGGGGAAUGUUAGCAGCCCUAACUCAUUAUCACGGGCCUACAGAUUGUUAUAGUGUGGUGUUUUCUUCACUGCGUGGCCACAGGCCAGUGUGCUCGAUGAUGGUGGUCACGUUCCUUAAACCGAGGCAGCACCUACACCUGACCGGGAAGGGCCCGUGCGAAGCACCCGACGGCUUACACACAGCCAGGAGGUGGGCUGUGUUGUCGCCCCACCUUACAGAUCAGGAAACAAAGGCUCAGUCAAGUAUCUCAGAAGAGCCCAGACUUCAACUGCAGCCUGCUCACUGAGGCCUGUUGCUGACUCCGGGCUUUAACAUCCUGCUUAGGACUAGAAGAGGCACCAGAUGCACAGAACUGUGGCAGAUAGGUCGGCGGGAAAGAGCUGUCCUUGAAAUUAGAACACCCAAUAAAGCGGCUAGCGCCCGACACUCCUCUGAGCACCUCACAGACAGCGUCUGUAUUUUCUUUCCAAAAUUUCAAAAGAUAUGCUCAUUUACGUUACAUGUCUGCUUG